AUGCGCAAUACCGCCUCUUCUCAAAAUCCGCCGCCGACGCGCGGCUUGCCUCUGGAUGCUUCACAAAUGACGGCCACGCAGAAGCCGCGCAGCUGCGUGACGUGCCGCGCCCGCAAAGUCCGCUGCGACAAGAAGACGCCGUGCUCACACUGCGCGAGAGCUCGGAUUGCGUGUGUCUUGCCUCCUCUGGAUAAACGCCCGCGAUGGGCAAACAAGAUUGAAAAGUCUGCUGCGUAUGUCAAUGCAUCCACAGAGGCGGGUGGUAGUAGUGGUGGCGGAGGGGGAGUCAAUCAGAUGCUCGCGAGGCUCAAUACGCUCGAGGACUUGCUGAGAAGGUAUGAGUCGCAGGGAUCGCCAGUUGCACCGAACCCGUCAAGCCAGUUACAUUCGGAAUCUGCAUCGUUGUCGAGGAGAGAACAAUCGCAGGUGCAAAGGCCGGGGAGGCUGGUGGCGGGUGACGAGAGCCAGAGUCGCUAUGUGGGCACUAGCUUCUGGGCCAAGAUUAAUGACGAGAUAAGUGCAUUGCGAGUAGAUACUCGAGCGUUGGCACCUGAACAGCACGAUUCAUCUGACGAUGAUGCUGCGGCUAGAGCGCCGCCGCCAACAGAAGAGUUCCAUCGACGGCCAAAUGAGCGCAGUGGAUUCAUUUUUGGCAUGAAUCACUUACCGAACAACAACAGCUUGGCCAGUUUACAUCCUCUCCCGUCGCAGAUUCCCUUUAUUUUCAACACUUUCCACGAAAACGCCAACAGCCAGAGCCAGCUGGUCGAUAUGCCAACGCUGGAAAAGAUGAUCCGAGAUUUGCCUGGUAGCGACCUUUCUGCGCUGUCGCCUGUAAAUGAGGCACUCUUGUUUUCUAUUUACUAUGCAACGAUUACCUCCAUGGACGAUGAUGCUGUAAGAAUCUCAUCUUGUCAACCAGUCCCCGUCCUAGCUAACAUCCACUUGUAG